AUGUUCAAAAUGGAGUCAAUUUUAUAUCAAUUACAAAAUCAACAAUCUACUUCCUCUACUACUUCAACUACAACUCAUAGUAAUAGUCCAUUUUUGCCAUUACCUUCGUCGUCGUCAUCGUCAACUCCUACUCGUAAUUCCCCUUUGAUUCCCUUCUCCCAGAUCCAUCUACCAGUGCCUAUGUCAUCCUCUUUUACACAAAUGACUCCUCCUACACCAUCGAUUCUUCAAACAGAGUCAUCGUUACCAUUCACCAAUUCACAUCAACCUCCAAUGUUUGUAUUCUCUUCUAAUGGAGCCAACAGUAGUACUAGUGGACAUCCACAAUUACCUAUUCCAUUUCAAAUGUCUUCUUCUGUAUUAGCAUCAACCAGAUUACCAACCAGUUCUUCUUCAUUUUAUCAACAACAGCAGCAGCAACAAGACUACCAAUCAUCAUCAUCGUCACCAUCAUCAUCUCCAUUCCAACAACAACCUCCAAUGGCAAUACCAACUGUUAAAAAACAAAACAUCAAUCAAAAUGAAUACCAAGAUGACAUUAUUGAAAGAUUAUUCAAUACUUUGUGGGAUUCGAUUAUUGUUGAUCCAAAGCAUUUUAGUGCAAAGAGUCUACCAGACUAUGCAUUGUUUAAAAGUUUGUUCCUUAAAAUGAUGGGUUCGCCAGACAACAACAUCAUUGUUAAGCAGUAUUUGGAAAAGUAUAUGCAUGCACUUGCCACCACCACUGCACUCACCAAACAGCUCUUUUCAGAGGUAGACCACUUUUCUGGACGUUAUAUUGCUGUUUUAAAGAUGUCGUCGUACGAACCUGCAACCUCUGGAUCCGUCCGUUCAAAGACUAAAACCACUUCUGGUGCUCUUAGCAAAUCAUCAAAGUCUGUUCUAUUGCAAUGGGUUAUCAAUCAUCUCGAUGAUCCAUAUCCACCAAUGGAUGUCAAAAGACAAUUGGCUGCAGAAUCUGGUCAAUCCAUUGCCCAAGUUUCCAAUUGGUUCAUUAAUUUUAGACGUAGAAGUCUUGAAAAGCUAAAGGAGCAAGUUGCAAGUCACCAGAUUGAGCAAUCUACAGGAGGUCCAUCCUCUUCUUCCAACACCUCACCCAUUCAAUCGGAUGAUCAUCUAUCUGUUGCCACAUUACCAGUGAAUAAUAAUAAUAAUAAUAGCAACCAACAACAACAGCGCUUUAACUAUAAUAAUAUGGCCAACAAUAUGAUGAUGCAACCAACUCCAUCGACUUUGAGACCAACCAUUAAUUAUUCCAAUCAAUUAAAUUAUUCAUUAUAA